AUGCUCUUGCGCGCCAAUGUGAUUGAAGACCGCGAGGCCACUAUGUCUCGAUUCCUUGGAGGCUUGAACCGUGAGAUACAAGACAUCGUGGAGAUGCAAAAUUGUGUGGCUAUAGAAUCCAUGCUUCCACAAAGCUGUCUUGGCCGAGACACAAUUGAAGAGGAGAAGCUCCACUCGAUUCAAUACAGAGCCGCGCCGACCAACCUUCACCGCGACUCAAGUCCUUUCGCGCCCAAGUCAGAAACAAACCUCUGGCUACUAAUCAAGACAGGAGCCGGACUGAGCGCACUCCACCAGCCAGAACCCGUGAUCUCAAGUGCUUUAGGUGUCAAGGGUUUGGGCAUUAUGCCUCUGAUUGCUUGA